AUGGAGAAACGACGACGAACAAAUACAGGAGACUCAUCCUCUGUAUCUCUCAAAGAAGCAAUUGCUAGUCUCAAUCCAUUACUACAGCCAUUUGAUGAUGAAACCAGUGAUUCAGAAACUUGCCGUGGGCAAUUACCUGUUUUUCAAAUAGUCCAUACCGAUACGUCGGAAAACAGUAACGGAAAUAUUGAUUUCAGUAAAAAUCAAAAUAAUAUUUUUCGAAAAUAUUGUUGCUAUUUGCAAAGAUUUUCUGGUAUUAUCUAUGCAUUAUUAGCUUCACUAUUAUUUACAUGUUCAAAUUUUAUUAUACAGAAACUUGAUGUUAUUCUACUGGAUGUAUUUCUUGUUCGAUUCUUUUUCCAAGGAAUUCUCUCAUUGGGUUUCAUAGUUUAUAAAGGUUACCAUCCAUUUUCGAAUUGUAAUGGUCUAUUAGUUUUUAUUCGAUCAGUAAUUGCUGCUACUGGUAGUGUCUGUUUUUAUCUUGGUCUUGCAUUUCUACCUCUACCGGAUUUAAUGACAUUACGAUAUACACAAGUUGUUUGGACAGCUCUGCUUGCAUUAAUUAUAUUCCGAGAGCGAAUUACUUUUCCAAUCGUUAUCGCAAGUACAUUAACACUUAUUGGUGUUAUUGGUGUUGCUCAACCAUCGUUUCUAUUUACAAAUUCAACCAUAAUCAAUGGAACAUCACAAGCCACAUUAACAAACAAUGAUGAUAAACGUGCAUUAGGUAUGUUUGUUGCUCUAUUAUGUGCAUUUUCUAUAUCGAUGGGUAUCGUUUUGAAUAAAAAAUUAAUUGAAAGAAAAGUUCGACAAAGUAUUAUUCUAUUUCAUUUUAUUUUAACAACUUUUAUGAUGCUAUUAAUAAUACAAACAUACCAUUGGACAUUGUCGAAAACAAAUCAACAAAAAUUUAAUAUAAAACAAGUUUACUUAACGAAAAAUUUUAUCUAUGCAACGAUCCUUGCAACAUUACAAUUAAUUCCAAUGGUUCUAUCACAAAAAUCAAUUAAACGCGAACAUCCAUCAGUGUUUACGAUUGUUCAAGCAUCUGAUAUAGUUUUUGCUAUUAUAUUACAUAAUGUAUUUUCUAAAGUUAAAUCGAAUGGAUUUGUAUUAUUGAGUUCGGCACUUGUUAUAACAAGUAUUAUUAUUGUUGGUACUCAUAAACUGUGGCAAGAUCGAAAACAUGCUACUCAUCUUCCAAUUUCAAUAGACGAAACAGAAUAA